AUGACUCAACUUGAACGUGUUGGUGCAAGUGGUUCAUAUAUUAAUCGACGAGAAGUAACAAAACGUUUUCGUGUACCACCUGGCUCUUAUAUUAUUAUUCCAAGUACAUUUGAUAGUGAUAAACCAGGAAAAUUUCUUUUACGAAUGUUUACUGAAAAACAAGCAGAUCAAGCAGAACUUGAUCAAGAUAAAGAAGGAUUGACGGAAUCUGAUGUCUUCUUUCAAGACGAAAAUGUUGAUAGUUUAUUUGGUGAAUGGUCCAGUUUAUUAGGAACAGAUGAAGAAGAAGUAGUUCCUACACCGAUUAAUCCUGAUAUUGGUGGUGUUUUUCCAAGUCCACAUCCUGAAUUACCUAGCAAUUAUGAUGGUGGUGAUGUUGAUGAAAAUCAAAUGUAUCCUCAAAAACGUUUUUGCUCAAUUAUGUAA